ACCAUCUGGAUUCUGGAGCUCCCCCGCAACCAAACUCAAAGUCUCAAACCCCCAACCAAUCCUCCCCGAAACCUCACUCCCCUUCUCACCUCCAUCCCAGACCUAGGGUUAGGGUUUCAACUCCGCCCGCUGCUCUCCCGCUCCAAUUCGAACGAAUCCAGCCAUGGCCGCCGGCAUCCUGGUGGACUUCCCCUCCAUGGGCUCCGCAUGCUUCUUCCCCAGCCUCGAGUCCCUCCUCCGCGACUCCACCUCCCGCUUCCUCGCCGCCGUCUCCGCCGCCCCCGACCCGGACCUCACCAACUUCCGCUCCCUCUUCUCCCGAGUCCUCAACACCUACACGGACCCGCCCCUGGAGGCCGUCUGGUUCUUCUCCGCCCUCAACUUCCACGACGCCCCCGACGACCUUCGCCCCAUCCUCCACCUCCUCUCCGCCUUCGCUUCCUCCUCCCCUUCCGCCGCCAAGCCCCUUGCGCUCCUCGCCCCCAUCGUCUCCGAGCUCUUCCACUCCUCCAAGCCCCGUAGGGAGAUUGAGGCGCUCGUCGAGGCUGUCCUCGGUUACAUCAGCAUGUGCAGCAGCCGCUCCGCCGGUGGUGAGGUCAACGCCGACACUGAGAGGCUGCUGCCAGGGUUUGGGGAGCUGGUCAAGGUUUGGAGCGUGCGCCGCUCGAAGGACCGGUGCCCGUUUCAAGUGCUUUUCCCGUUAGUCGGGGAGGAGGCCAGGCGGGAGCUCAUGAAGGAAGGCUGCAGCGUCACUUACCUCGCCGGGGUAGUGGUGGCCGAGGCGUUCCUGCUCAGGCUCUGCCUGAAGGUGCAAGGUGCAGCAGGGACACCACGCUCUGACCUGCAGAAGGAGCUAAGGAUCUGGGCAGUUAGCUCUAUCUCUGUCUUCCAGAACAAGCAAUUCUUCGGAGUCCUGCUGAACAUGCUCGUGAACCCUCCGCUGCCUGUUUAUUCACUAUUGAGUGCUGAGGAUGAAAUAUUGGUGAGAGACGUCCUUUAUGAUGCUCUGGUCUUGGUGGAUUAUUCUUUCCUUAACCAUGGAGUUGAAGUUGAUCAAGCUGAUAGUUCCCUUCUGCCUAUUGUUGUGUCAAAAUUGGUUAUCACUCUUGAUGCCAUCAAUGACGCGAGGAGCAAAGGAGAUCAAGGGAGAGCAAUGUCUUUUAUCAAUGUUUUCUCUACUUCAAAUAUUCCCAGCUAUCUCGUUAGGUGGGCUGCUCAUCAAGCUGGCUCCAACCAACUUGGCAAACCAAUUGCUAGCACGCCUCAAGCUUUUCUCAAGUGGCUUGUAGAUCUUGAAGAUAAGGGGCUCAAAGUGUUUGCAGAGAACUGUUCAAGGAUUAGGGAGAGGCUGAUGUAUGAUGAGGUCAAGAAUGGUUAUCAAAGCAGGAUGAUUCAUUCAGAUGCUGACCUUUUCUUCAUAGAUAAGCAUAGUGGUCAGGAUGGUAUGGACACAAAAGGUGGUGAGAACGAAGAAGCUGUGGAGAUGGAGACAGCAGGUAAUGCUUUCAUGACUGCUGCUCAGUCUAUGAAGGUGAUGGCUAAUGGAAUAAGGAAAAGGAAGGAUUGUGGAAACGAAGAUGCAACAGCGGUGAAGUUUGUGAAAUACAAGGCUGAAGACAGCUCUGUUAAGGAUUACUUCUUGCCGGCAACUAAUGGCAUGAGCAGUGGUAGUGAGGUAGAGAAUCCACAAUCUGAUGACGAGAUGGAGGAUUGAUGGAAAGACAGACAACUGCCCACUAAUGCUUACUUGGGAUUAGUCGUUUUGGAGAGUUCACAGGACAACUGCCUUUCUGGAGUCUGCAAGACUGUUGUUGUUUUGGGUUUCGCUUCUUAAUGAUGUCAGGAAGUAGUAUCUUGUUCGGUUCUUGCUCAAUGAUGAUGAGUUGAAGCGGAGUCCUGGGAUAAUAAUCUGCAACCUGCGGUCCGACUCUAGUCAGGCUUACGGACAUAGUAGUAACUGGUAGCUAGCUUGACUCGCGCCUGAUGCCAUAAUCUAUAUAUCGUGUUCCCUUUCUUAUGCAAUAGAGGCUUCAAGGCGUAGAUCUGUUUUAAAGACUUUUGUAAUGAGAGAAGAGUACCAUUCCUGUUACCCCACGGGACCAUCUUGAACUAAUGAAUCUUGACUUCUGUUAGUACGUAUUUGCCAUGAA